AUGACGACUGUAUUGAAUGAGAUAAAUGUCCUCGAAUGCCGGAACAUCUCGAAUAUUCGUACAAUUAUACCAUCUAAGUGGUACAAUCGUACAUCUUCGAAAGUUACAGCACAAUUUCUCAAAGAAAUUUCGAUAAUUGUUCAAUCCGGUGAGAUACACGGUAUUGUCGGAAAUGCCGGCAGCGGUAAAACGACGUUAUUGCGAAUAAUUGCUGGAAGGUAUAGUGGAAAAUUUACAGGAACAAUAACGCUCAAUCAACAAGAGUUUACGCGUCAAAUGUUUGAUUCCAUUUGUGCAUUCGUAAAUUUCAACCAGAAGCUAAUUGAAACGAUAACCGUCCAUUCUAUGCUCAAAUUUCAAGCUGCUUUAAUGGUUCGCGGUUUGAAUAAUCAAGAAAUAAAGGAACGAAUAAAUUCACUUCUUAGAGAGUUCGAUCUUGUAGUUUAUCACGACAUUCUGAUUGGUGAUUUAAAUGAGGCAGCAAGAAGACGUUUGUUACUGUGUAUGCGUCUGAUCAAUGAUCCAAUUUUAAUCAUUCUGGAUGAACCAUCAGAUGGUAUAAAUGCACUCUGCAACUAUCAAUUAAUGAACUCACUGAGCUUAUACAUUAGAAGGACUGGAGCAAUGGUUAUCGUGGCAGUACGUCUUCCACGAUCUAAUCUUUAUCAGUUAUUCGAUCGCAUUACUAUUUUAUUUUAUGGAGAAAUCAUUUAUUCUGGUACUACCAAGGAAUUACCAUUAUAUUUCCGUCAAAUAGUAUCUCUUGCAACAACUGAUCGUGAAACAACGGAAAGAUAUCGCAAAACACAGGAACAAGCUUUGAAGUUAAUUGAUCUUUUCAAGAGCAGUGUUGAUUUGCAAUUGCAUCAGUCAGCACCACAAAUAUUUCAUCAUCCUAUCCGAUCAACGAAACCUUUAUGUUUCCAUGGUAGACCACAUUGCUGUUACCAAUUCUUCAUUUUAUUUAGACGAUCGCUUCAAGCACUUAAUUCAUCAGCACAUAUUUUACUGCUACGGCUAUUACUAUUACCAUUACUUACACUACUGAUAUGUUCCUGUUCUGUUCCAUUUUUAACUUCCAAUAAAUGGUGGUCACCACAGGAUAGAGCUGCCUUGUUGGUCAUCUAUUCUACCUUAUUUUCAAUUGUUUCCAUUUUUAUAACUGUUCUUAAUGAAUCGAUAGUUUGUGGUCAGUCGCAACAAGAUGUGAUGGAUGGCAUAUAUUCGAGAAUUCUAAAUGUGCUUUCAUUUUCACUUGCAUCUGCACCAAGUGAUCUCUUCGCUUUUACUUCAUCAAUUAUUAUUAUUAUUAUUUGUGCGCCACGUACAUUUUUAUCAGCAAACGAUUGGCGGCAUAUAUUGAUGUAUAUUAAUUUUCAUCGAUAUGUACUUUCAUUUACAAAUUUCAAAUUUAUUGGUGGAGCCAAAGCAGGAAAUUGUAUUCUUAAUGAGACUGAAGAGAUUAACAGUAAAUCGGUGGAACAAUUUUGCAGUUUUCCAGAUGGACCAAUGGUACUAUGUUUCUAA